AUGGCAAAGAAAAUCGUCAUCAUUGGGAGCGGCUUCGCUGGCUUAUGGACAGCUAUUGGUGCAAAGAGGGUUAUCGACCUGAAUAGGAACUUAUUAAGCGACCAAGACAUUGAGGUCUUGGUGAUUGCGCCAGAGCCUAAACUUGUGAUUCGCCCUCGUCUUUAUGAAUCAAACGCAGCAAAUAUGAGUGCUCCGCUUGGGGAGCUGUUUGCAGCAACCGGCGUCCGUUUCACUCAAGGAAUUGUUCAUGCCAUCCAAACUGAAAAGAAAAAGAUCGAAAUGAUCAACAUGGCUGGAGUUUCAUCAAUAUUAUCUUACGAUAAACUUGUCCUAGCUGCUGGAAGUCGUCUGGUUCGCCCUGAGGUCCCUGGACUCCGAGAUCACGCUUUCAGCAUUGAUACUAUCCAGGAGGCAUCAACUCUUGAAGCUCACUUGCGCCAUCUUGCUGCUCUGCCACCUACCCAAGCUCGAAAUACUGUAGUGAUUUGCGGCGGUGGCUUCACAGGUGUUGAAUUGGCCACCGAGUUGCCUCGUCGACUGCGCGCUAUUCUCGGUCUCGAUACUAAAGUCCGCGUCAUUAUUGUUGAACGGUCGGAUGUUAUUGGCCCUUCCCUAGGAGAAAAUGUCCGUCCAAUCAUUACGAAAGCUCUGGAAGAUGUCGAGGUGGAAGUCAAACUUGGGACCACGAUCAAGUCUGUGGACGCUAGAGGCAUUGUGACCACAGAGGGGGAGCGCAUCGAGACUCUCAGUGUUGUUUGGACUGCGGGGAUGGAAGCAACUCCUCUCACAAAGCAAAUACCGGGUGAAAAAGAUAGCAUGGGGCGAUUGAUCGUCGACCGCAACCUGCGAGUUCCAUCCUCUACCGACAUUUUCGCCACAGGCGAUGCAGCAUCUGCUUUGACUGACAACGAAGGCAAUUACACCAUCAUGUCAUGCCAACAUGCGAUUCCGUUGGGUCGUAUAUCCGGUUACAACGUAGCUGCAGACCUCUUGAAGUUAGAGCUGCGUCCAUAUGAACAGCCUAAUUAUGAGACUUGUCUUGAUCUUGGAGCAUGGGGCUCGGUGAUUACUUGGGGUUGGCAACGUCGGGUUAUGAAGUCAGGGGCAACAGUGAAGGAGGCUAAGGAAUUUGUCAAUCGCAUCUUGAUUUACCCCCCAACCACUGCUGCGAAAGCGUUUGCUUUUUCAGAUCCUGAUUGGGUCAGUCCGACAACCAAGACUUAUCUUGACCCUGUGCAGAAUUAG